CUUCUAAUAGCAGAGUCCCAGUUCGGAUUGAAGUUUCUGAGAGCCAUGAACAAGAUAUAGUUAUCACCAUGUUGUAAUGUGCAGUACUCCAGGUGAUCUUGGACAGAAAAUAUGAUGGAUCAGAUUGGUAAAAUGCCUGAGAAGCCAGCAAGAAGAACAUCUACUAGUGCUCCACCUAUUUUAACAACUCAUGAAGAUAUUAAACAUGGUGAAAUUGCCCACACAGCAACAUCAUUCAACAAGAUGGCUUUAGAAGAAAUAUUGGAGAAGUGCCCAAUGAGACCAUACUCUGACACAUGGCAGUCUCCAAGGAGCAUAAAGUAUGUAACUAUGAAAAAGAGACCAGAGGCAUCACAAUUAAUACAAUGUGGCUGGAAAAGAGAAAAAAUGUGGCUAAGUGAUGUAUUUAACGCGGUUGGACCACUGAGUAAAGCUAUGGAAGUGGAAAAAAAUAUACAAAAGCAGUCCAUUGGCAGUAGCAGUUUACUUGGAAUACCCCCAAGCAAUCAGCAGAAGAAUGCUUGGCUUCUGAAAAAUAAUCAGGGAAAAAUAUACCAAGACUGGAGAGGGGUAAUAGUAUCAGAGAAUUCAGCUCCCUACACAAUGCUCAGCAAGAAGGAACAUCAAGAAAGAUUAAGGAAUAUCACAAGAAGGCAAAGAUCCAAGGCGAUGCAUCCUCAAAGUAGCAAACUGGGAAGGCCCCAACAAAAGUCUAAGCAGCAAGGAAAGAUGCCUUACAGGAAAAAAGAUGCUAUUAAUUUAAUUAAUGAGAAAGUCAAAAGAAUUGGGCCACACCUCGAAAUCUUUGAAGCUUUUGCUCAGGUGCGAAAGGCACAUACAAAGGAUAAAAUAGUUUCUGCUGCCAUUUGUAUUCAGAAACUUAUCAGAGGAUGGCUUGAUCGUUGCCGAUUAACCAGAUUAAGGAUAAAGGCUAAGAACCAUGGGCCAACUUUAUUAGCUGUCGUAAAGGAAUACCGUAAAAUGAUGGCACGCAUUAAACGCCGAUGUGGAAUUUUGGACCUAAGUACACCACUAAUAUUUGAACAGUUUGAAGACUGGCUUGACCAGAAGCAUUGUAGGAACCCGUUCAGCUGCGAGAGUGGAUCUCCGUUUCUUUGUGGCGAACAAGGUAGUGCUGUGAGAGGCCAUGGGAAGGCCCAGCCGGGUCGGAGAAGGUUCAGAGAAGGCCAGCCAGGUGGCAGAAGACCUGAAAAGGCCGCCGAGCUGGCAGAGAAUGCCCGCUGUGUGGAGGAGAAGGUAGACUCUGAUUUGAAGUUAGUAAACAUCAAUAAGAUGCAAGCAGUUGAAAUGGCCUUCAUGUUGUACCCUCCUCGUGGUCUCAAACUAGUAACUGCAGCUGUUGCUAGAUCAACCUGGCUGAAACCAAUCGUUGAUGGGGAAGAUGCUGCCACAUAUUUAAUGCAUGGACAUCCAGAUUUAAAGACAGAUGUUCGAGUUGCUGGAGCCUUAGUAGCUAUGUCAAUGCGAGAGAGGAAGAAUAAAGACUGUAAGAUUAAAGAAUCUCCAUUUCCAGUUAACAGAGAUUAA